AUGCAAAGAAGCGGCAGUGUGACUAAUCCAAAUCCAGUUUCUCAGGUAUGGCAGACCCACGCAGAUGAACACACACAGCCCAGGGACUCCUAUGCUAAUGAGGGGCCGACUAUUAAUACGCUGACUGGUUAUACUCCAGUCAGACAGGUGAAGACAGAACAAGCAGGUGAGGAUUAUAAGAUGGUGACAGGAGAUAAGAUAGAACCACUUCCGAUGAACCAGACGGUCAACUUACAGAACGUCUCGAAUAACCACUUCUCCAUCAUCCUGCAAAGCCCGCACCACCACGCAGCAGCCUCUCAACUAUUGGAUAAUUACACAAGGGAUUUUCAACGCAAGUUAGUUAACCAGUCUGCAACUAUUCAGCCGAAGUUAACUAACCAGACAGCCUCUCAGCAAGUCCCGACAAGCCAGAUGGGUACGUUUCAACACACCCCAACUCAUCAAACAGCAGACACUCCCCUCCCCGAGCUUCUCCAGUCAGCGGUCAUCCAGGAGACCGCCCACGAAGACACGAUUUGUGAGACUGGAGACACUCAGCAAGACCUGAUCGAGCAGUCAGGAACCACUCAGCAAGUGACCUCACAAACUCCGCUAAGUGAGGCAGGAAUCACAAGCACCGUGCCUAACCAGACCAGCACUCCACAACCAGCAACGGUAAGCCCACCACAAGUUACAGUACCACCCGUAAGCCCUCUACAGGCUCUAGAAGUAUCACCAAAUCACACAGAAGCUACAGAAACACUCCCAACUCCACCACAGAUUACAGUGCCACUCCCAAGUCCACUAGAAACUCAACAAGCACCACCAAACCCACCACAAGUUAUAGGCGGACGCCCAAUCUCACCACAAACUACAGUAUCACCGACAAGCACACUCCAGGCUACACAAUCACAGCCAAACUUGCCACAAACACCACAAACCCCACCAGAGUUCAAAGAAGCAUCGGGGAACCAGACAGAUAUCUUGCAACGAGCCGCAGUGAAUCAAACUGAGAUCUGGCAAGAAAACACGUUGAAUCAGACAAAUAAUGUGCAAGUCUUCACGAACCAAUCUGGAACGAGCCCAGGUAACACGAGUAACCUGACAAACACGACUCAGAUUCCCUCGGUGACAGGAACCGGCACACCUCCAAGCUUUGAGCACGCCAAGGAGAAGAGUCAGCCCAGGAGACGGAAGAGAAAUAGAGGGAGAAACUUUACCAAUGUUACAAAGAGAAGCGCGUUAAAGAAAGUGAGCAAGUCGUGUCCCUGUGCUGGGAAGGUGAUACAGAGAAUGGCCACGUGUAAGAAACCGUGUAAUAGGAACGAUGAUCUAUUAUUAAAGCUCUUAUACGUCGCCCUUGUUAUCUUAGUGGUGUACGUCCUAUUCCUGGUUUACAUUCACCACUGGUUCCGCCGCUGGACACUGUAA